CUGAGAGGUGACUGUAUUCUCCGCCAAUGUCGUUGUGAUUGAGUUGCGCAGCGACAGGCAUCCGGGCCAUCGAGUGUCCAAAGCGUGACAGCAGAGAGUACCUUGGUCUCGCGGGCACCGCAACCAGCACACCACGGCGACAUAGUAAACGUCCAACCACGAGACCAAGACCAUAGGACUAGCUGCGGUGUCAGAUCGUUGAUGUGGGCCGACCUCGAGUUCGUCACUUGAGCCGCUCCGCUCAUCCACGUCCUUGCACAAUAAUCUAUUGGAGCUGCACAACCACCGAUCUCUGUCGCACCGGGACCACCACCACCGCCGCCUUCUCUACUCGCGCCCAGUGCAUCCUCCGCCUCACUUCACCAGCGCGCGGUGUGCGGUUGGCCUCCAUUCCACUGCUGCUGCUGCUGCUGCCGCUGCCGCUGCUGCUGCUGCUCGAACUCCGUCGCGGGCAGCCAGCAUUCGUACGCAGACACCAGCCACAAAGGGAACAAAGCCACCAGCUUUGAAGCCGUGCGCGCGCCCGCUGGCACAUUCCACCCAAGCUCUCGUCUGCAAGCAGUCCGUAGCCGUCGCCGCCGCACGAAACAUAAAGCACAACCACCGACAACGACGCACGCCUCCACCAAUAUACCGGCGCGGGCGCGGCCGGCCAUAAGAAGCGGUUUGGCGUUCAAUUGGCCAACGCCAGAGCUCAUUGGAGCUGUUGGGCUAUCCCAACACAUCUUGCGAAGCGAUGGGUGCGUGUAUGUCAAGCGAUGUACAAGAUGGCGAUCAGAAGAAGCGCAGCCAGAUGAUCGACCGUACUCUAGAGGAGGACUCGAAGAAGCUGCGGCGGGAAUGCAAGAUCUUGCUGCUAGGGUCCGGUGAAAGCGGGAAAAGCACAAUAGUGAAGCAGAUGAAGAUCAUACACCAAAAUGGCUACAGUGUUGACGAGCUGGCAUUGUACCGGCAUACCAUAUACAAGAACGUGGUGGACUGCGCGAAGGCACUCGUCGGCGCGAUGCGGCAAUUCGAGAUCGAGAUCGAGCAACCGGCGAACCGAGAGCUCGCCGACUAUGUGAUGGAGUAUACUGUUGAUCCUGACCCGCAACAAGCACUUGACCAGCGAAUAGGGGAGGCCAUAGCGAGCAUAUGGAAGGACCCAUGCAUACCCAAGGUCUUUGACCACCAGAAUGAGUUCUACCUCAUGGAUUCGGCACCAUACUUCUUCGAUGAGGUUGCAAGGAUAUCCGCUGCAGACUAUAUACCCACCGAGGCCGAUGUGCUGCGAGCUCGAACGAAAACGACCGGUAUUUACGAAACACGUUUCCAAAUGGGCCAAUUGAGCAUACACAUGUUCGACGUUGGAGGCCAAAGGAGCGAACGCAAAAAAUGGAUACACUGCUUUGAGAACGUCACAUCGAUAAUAUUCUGUGUCGCGCUCAGCGAGUACGAUCAAGUGCUGCUAGAAGAAAGCAGCCAAAAUCGCAUGAUGGAGUCGCUUGUGCUCUUCGAUUCGGUCGUCAAUUCGAGGUGGUUCAUGCGCACGUCCAUCAUUCUGUUUCUGAACAAGGUGGACCUAUUCCGAGCGAAGCUGGCCAAAUCACCCCUUGGAAGCUACUUUCCUGAUUAUUCGGGCGGCAACGACGUCAACCGUGCGGCCAAGUAUCUCCUAUGGAGAUUUAACCAGGUCAAUCGGGCACAUCUAAACCUGUACCCACACCUUACACAAGCGACCGAUACAUCGAACAUUCGGCUCGUCUUCGCCGCAGUAAAGGAGACGAUACUCCAGAACGCACUGAAAGACUCGGGCAUAUUAUGAUAACAUACCUACUGCCAUGUCCGACAUUUGAUACGCCAUUUACAACCCGACUGAUUUGGCACGACGAGGCAGACCACAUCUUUUAUACGACUAUUCCCCUUUUUUUUCAGUGCUAUCACCAUCUACAGGAUAUCCCAGCGGGCGUUUGGAGUCAAGUCAGCACAGCUCGAAUGCGGCAGAAUGUUGGGUAACAAGGGAUUUUUGUUCUUGUACUGGGGCCGGCAUGUCUGUGGCGUGGCUCACGCUUUGGCUGAUGGGGUGGGGAUGGGCUCGGAGCCUAUCGAGUGGUUGUUUGGUGAGUGUAGAUGGGAAAAUCUGAUCGUUGGCGUAGCGCUUAUGUACGCGCCCGCUUCGGAUGAUAUGAACGCUGCACCGAUAUCUGGAGGCCGUUGUUCGCAUCGCGUCUGGUUUGCUAUCACUCACAGGCCCACGAGACGCGACAUGUUCUGUUACCGUUCACGACUUCUCGCGAGAAUAGAGGCUGUCGGUCGGAAGGUGCUGACUGGCAGAGUAAUGGAACGGCUUGGGUUCGAGCGCAAAGGGGUUCGACAGGCCUUAAUGCUGUUGUGCAUGAGUGAGCGAGCGAGCGAGCAAGCAUACCUUACCUUCAAGCCUGUGGUUUGGCAGAAAUUGCAUAUGGGCGGUAAGAUGUAUGCUCAGACGAUAGUAGUCCUACGAAAUGUUCUUGGC